ACAGCGGGGUCAUCAUGCAGAUCUCAGCUCGUCAACAGAGACACAAUAUCAAUAGAUUCACAUGCGCUCUUGGCUUAGACACGGCUCAUAUGUAUAAGAAGAUGCCUCUGUCCUUUGUUGUUGAGGGCAGCAGCUCGUAUCCAAGUCCAUAUUCCCUGACGCGAUAGCAAACUUGAUCCAAAAUGCUUCCCUCUUUUCUCCUCUCAUCGCUGCUGUGCCUCUCCACAGUCUCAGCUCUGCCCAACCCAAUUAUCGCUGAGAGAGCAGCCUGCGAUUGUACCGGCACUCGCGACGGUGGAUCCAGCUCCAAAGAUUACAUCUGCCGUGAUGCUCGGCUCGGCCCUACGAAGCUUCCAAAGAAGCUCCCGCUGAGCGCAACCGUGGAGAGCUACAACCGCUUCGGUGGCCUUACACCAAUUCAAUUCCUCCAGACAUGGACAGACGAGAAGGGCAACUACAAAUACCCUCCGCAGAAUGGCUUCCAGCUUGACGCGAAUGGCAAUGCCAUCAAUGGCAGCAUGGUUCUCCAGGUCGGAACUCUCGUAGAUCGAUUUGGAAGCGAAUACGGAUCAUACGUCUCUGCUGCCUCUGCUCCCUACUCGCAAAGAGCUCUCCCUCCUUCGAACUUGGCUACAAACCCCGAUACUCCAGACUUCCCGUACAACUACCACGUCUACCGGGUCAUCAAGCCUCUUACAGUGGUUGGAGGACCUAUCGCGCCUUGGUUUGGCCAGCCCGGUCUCGGAGCGCAGUUCUUCACUGGCGAAACUGGCAAUGUCAAGUUUUUGAUUGAGCAAAACUAUUUGCAGAAGGAGGAUCCGUCAGCUCUUGUUUACAAGUCUGAUGGUUGCGCAUGAUUAUUUGGGGUUUGAUUGAGGUGGACUUUAUGUAAUGAUCUUACGACGAACGACUUAUGGAUACGUCAGUCCAUUCGAGUAGAUAAUGUCAACCGGGAACAAUAGUAUCGCUUUUAAGUGUUCCAUUCAUUUGAAGUCGGCAUGCGACAAAAUACGCGGUGUGAUAUUGCAUUCAGCUAUGAUGUCUUCAAUCGAGGUCCGCCAAGGCAUCGAGGGAAAUAUACUUCAAGAAAUCAAUAUUUUUCCGGAUAACAGGUUAGUUUUGUAAGCAUUUUGAUCAUCGCAGACACUUUCGUGCUUGAGCCAGGCGGUCAUAUGGCAACUGAAUAUGCAACCCAGAACUUGG